CAUCUCUUCAACGUCAGCGUUUCAUAUUUAAACAUUUAGCCAGGUUUUUUUGGUUGUCGCUUUUCGUUCGGUUUGUUAGUGUGAAAGUUAGUGUAGAAUAAGUGUGAAAAAUAGUGUGAAAGUUAGUGUAGAAUUAAUUAGUUGUUCGUCAACGUAUUUUUGGCUGUUCAAGUUGCUCAAUCAACUGUCAAGAAGCUUUCUUUAAAAGAGGACAAAAAGAUGAAGGCCCUGAUAUUGGUAGGUGGUUAUGGGACCCGACUGAGACCCCUCACGUUAACACGACCCAAACCUCUCAUCGAGUUUGCCAAUAAACCCAUGUUGUUACAUCAAAUUGAGGCACUUGUUGAAGCAGGUGUUACACACAUCGUGCUGGCCGUCAGCUACAAUGCGGACAUGCUCGUUAACGAAUUAACUGCUGAAGAAAAAAGACUGGGGAUCAAAAUUACCAUGUCACAUGAAAAGAGUCCUUUGGGAACAGCUGGACCCCUUGCCCUGGCCAGGGAUGUACUUCAGUCGGAUUCCUCACCAUUUUUUGUCCUGAAUAGUGACAUCAUCUGUGAUUUUCCAUUCAAAGAGAUGAUCCAAUUUCAUCGAAACCAUUCCAAAGAAGGCACCAUCGUCGUGACAAAAGUUGAUGAACCAUCAAAAUACGGUGUUGUGGUGUAUGGAGCAGAAACGGGACGGAUAGAAAGAUUUGUGGAGAAACCUCAGGAGUAUGUAUCGAACAAGAUCAACGCAGGCAUCUACAUGUUCAACACCAGCAUACUGAACAGGAUUGAGUUGAGACCGACCUCCAUCGAGAAGGAAAUCUUUCCACACAUGGCAGCCGAUGGCGAUCUUUAUGCAUUCGAGUUACAGGGAUUUUGGAUGGAUGUCGGCCAGCCCAAAGACUUCCUAACUGGAAUGUGCCUAUAUUUGAACCAUCUGAAACACAGGAAGCCUGAAGAGUUGUGUACAGGGAUCGGGAUGGUUGGCAAUGUGCUCGUGGACCCAUCAGUACGGAUAGGUACAGAUUGUCGAAUCGGCCCUAACGUAACGAUCGGUCCCAACGUUGUUAUAGAAGAUGGCGUCUGUAUCAAGAGGAGCACCAUCCUCGCUGGCAGCAUCAUCAAGUCCCACGCCUGGAUCAACUCUUCCAUCGUUGGAUGGAAAUGUCAAGUGGGACAGUGGGUUCGCAUGGAGAACGUGACAGUACUGGGUGAGGAUGUGAUUGUAAAGGAUGAGCUGUACAUCAACGGAGGAAACGUUCUUCCGCAUAAGGAAAUAUCAGAUUCCGUGUGCGAUCCCAGAAUCAUUAUGUAGCGUUUUAUUAUUUGUUUGUUUCGUUUAUUUGUUUUUUUGUUGCUUAUUAAUGUUCUUUUGUUCGUAUUGAUUGUGAUUGUCUUUUUUGUUGGUUUUCAUAAUUGGUGAAAUUUGACUUCCACAUUCGUGUCCGUCUGUAUGCAUGCAUGUUGUUUAUUUUUUUUUAUGUUAUUUGAAUUAAUGUUGUAUCCUAUCCUGCUAUGUUUCUUAAAUUAUUGUUAUCACAUAUGUGUUUAUCACAUGCACGUAUAAAUUAUUUCAUUCACUUGUCCAUUCAAUUGUAAAUCGUGUAAUGAUGAAUUAUAGUUGUUCCACAAAAAACGUUCGUUCAGUUGCUGAAGUGACACUCAGGUUCUCUCCCAUGUUGAACAUUAUUACUAUCUUCCAUGUUUGUGUAUGUGUGUGUUGUGUGUAUGUGUGUUUCGACGUUACGUGACGUACUGUGUUGUCGCGCGCGUUUUCUUGUCUGUGAGUAUCUGUGUUCGUUCGUGUUUAUGCCUUCAAAACUGAAAAUAAUAUUUUUUUUAUUAUUUUCACGUUAUAGCAAAAUUUUUCUGAUUAAAAAUUCUUGCUGUGUCUGAUUGUUUGAUCAUUGGUUGAUUGGUUAUAACUUAAUCAGGAUAUCUUCUUUGUAACAGUGUUUCUCAAUUUUGAAUGUAGUUUAUACUACUGGUUAAUCUUGUUAGUAUCAUAAUACUGCUUACUGCUGAACAGAAGUAAUCAGCUUAUAGCAGUACGCAGAUCAAGUUUCUAGUAAUUAAGUGUACAUUUAAUCAUUUGUUCAGUUACUAGUUGUUAUUUGUUGGGAAGGAAAUGAUUUCUGUUGCACAAUCAUUGUCACAUGCUAUCCAAUGAUAUUCCGGUUUUUAUCUUUUCUUAAAUGGUGGGUGGUUGGGUUGUAUAUUUAACAAUGGUGUAUUCAUUUUAUCUUUAAUUGUGAAAAAUUAUAAUAAUGAUUCUUAUUUGUUAGCUUCCUGUUUAAAAAUUCAUCGUUAAGUU